CGUAUGGCAACAUUGCAAAUUCGCAAUAUCGUAAAAUAGCUGCAGAGAACGUUUAUCAUAGAGAAGGUUCACGUUUCAAAUAUCGUAACUUUUCGAAGGGGUAGUCGGCAGAGAUGAGCGAGUCUCACCACAGACAAAUUAUAAGCGUGUUUCAUCACGAAAAUAGCAGAAUUGAGCAUUUUCAGUGUUAAAUGAGAAAAAUAAUGCUAAUUCCAAUGUAAACAAAUUUACGCCUACAAAUUCGCAUAUUUACUAUGCGCAAACGACUUUGCAUAUAAUUUAUAGAUGAUCGGUAUACAUAUGUAUAUUUGAUAUCAAAGUACAUGAGUAUACAUACAUACAUAUAUAUAUCUUAAAAAUGACCUAUUUUAUGACGAAUUCCUUAAAAUCUUUACAUAUACAUGAGUAUAUAAUAUAGAAAGAUUCAUAUUACUACCUAAAUAUGCAUUUGUAUAGGUUUGAUAAAGCAUAUAUUUAUUUACAUAAAUAUGUAUGUAUAUAUUUGCUUUGGUCAUUAAUAGUUUUGAUAUCAUCUUAAAAGAUCUAGCGGUCGCACAUGUGCUCAUACAUAUAUAAUUAUAAGUGCAUGUAAACAAAUAUGACAAACCAUACGCAUAAUGGUUCUAAAUUUGUCUAUAUGCAAAUAUGUACACUCAAUGCUUCAUGCGAAAUUUCCGUUGACGCGGACAACCAAUGGUGAAGCUCACAUUUUGUAAAAGAGUCAAUGUGUCGAAGGACCGACGCGGCGACAAACAACAUUGUGUUGUUGGUAGAAAAUCCGAGCUGUGCCGAAAACACAAACGAACGAAUGCCAAUUGCCACUGUUUCCCUUGCCGCUGAAACAGCUUCGCAUACAAACCAGCGUAGAUAUGUAUGUUUGUAUGUGAGCUUGCAUACAUAUCGACGCAGAUUUUUGCAAGCCGCGUAAAAAUAUUUUUUACAUUCCUUGACAAACACAGUCAAUCCCGGUUAUGUGCCACAAUCAAAGAUACAAAUGUUUGUGGUUUGUAAAAAUAAAAAUAUAAUAUGGCACAUAAGCGAGUGCGAAUACUUAAGCGAGUGGUACUUAAAACAAUAAUUUCUAUAUUUUUGAAAAAAAACAAACCGUGAGAUGCAGCAAGAUAUAGGUAGUUAAGAGAGAUGAUUUUCAUUUCAGCGGAGUACUACUUAACCGGGAAUCACUGUACACAUAAAUCAGAGAAAUAUUGAAUAUUUUCUUUGACAUAUUUCUUGACUUUAAAAUCAACUAAUAAACUAUGUUGUCAAUUUUAUUCUAAUAUAUUUGAAUACACUUAUAUUUGCGGGGUUGUUAAUUUUUCCUUCUCAUAGAAAUAUCAGAAAUUGUUCAAUUUAUGAUUUUUAGCUUUUGCCAUCGUCGCGAAAACACGCUGGCAUGUUCGGGAAGAUGUGAUGGUGUCUGCUUUUAUGAAUGAAGCAAGUUUGCCUGUUGAAAGUGCGCUUGCGUUGAUGAAUGAAAAAGUUGUUGUUGUGUGUUUUUCUACAAAUUUGGGCAUCGACUAUUUGGCUGCCAUGCCUAUUGGCUUGGGACGCUGCUGAUGCUACUUGAAACGAUUGUUGUUUUUUGUAGGACAAUAUUUGUAAUUUUUUCGGGUGAAAUAUCUACAUGUGAACGCAUAGAAGUAUGUAUGUUGUGUAUGGAUUAUUUGUGUGGGAAGGUCAUACGCACAUAUUUGUAUGUGUACGCAUAUAAGUAUGUAUGAGCUAUUUCAAACGAUUGUUGUUUUUGUAAAGCAAUGUUUGUAGUUUUUGCGGGUAGCAUAUCUACAUGUGAACGCAUAGAAGUAUGUAUGUUGUGUAUGCGUUAUUUGUGUGCUAAUAUCAUACGCUAGGGAUGGGCACAUUUUUAGCCCGCAAAGUUAGCAAAGUGCGCACGGGGGCUAGAUGAGGGGAAUAUCAAUUUACGGAGAGAAGGGCAUAACAAGUUGAGAAAAGUUGCGAAAAAAAUCAAUUACAUUCCUCCGUAACUUGAUGUUCAUCGCAGAGUGGUUGCGGCAAUACUGACAUUGUACACAAAUUUAAAAGGCUGGUUAGUGAACAACGCAGAAUCGUGGGUCGUGUCAGCUGGGACGACCUAUCUUAUGGGCGCGCAAUGUAACUGAACAGUGAAAAACGCUACUCUGACGUGACGUUGACGUGAGAAUCUGCGAGAUUUGGAUUUUUGCCGUCGCAAACGUCUCAGCUGAUUGCUCUCUCACAACGCAGGGUUGCCAAUAUCAAUAUACUGGAGUAAUUAUCAACUUUUAUAAUUCAAUCUGUUCAAUGUGUUUCAAUAUGUUUGAAAUUUUCUUAAAAUAACUCAAAAUCAGAGUCGAGUGCUAUUAUUUAUAAAUAUAUAAACUAUUUUUAAUAGUUUGUUUUCAGUUUAUAUAUUUUAUAUUGUAAAAAUUGUAAUUGAAAACAUAAAUGUGCUCAAAACUAUAUAUGCGUAUUGGGCAAUGGCAACAUUGUUCAAAUGUAAACAAGCGUCAUUAAAACAAACGUCAAAUCAAAGAGUUUGUUGGAUUUUUAAUUUGUGCGUAUAAAUAAAAAAAUGGAUGACGAAAAACUUAUUAGUUUAGUGGAAAGUAGAAGUGAGUUGUACGAUAAGAGCAAUAAAUUUUACAAGCUGCAAUCCAGAAAGGAUGGCGUGUGGAACGAAAUUGGGAGGGAAUUGAACGCAAGUGGAGAAAUGUGUCGCCGUAGAUGGCUGACACUUAGGGACCGGUACGGGAGGGAAGCGCGGAAGGCUAACGCCCCCUCAGGCAGCGGGACUGAAUUUCAAAGACAGUGGCAUCCAUUAGACUCAAUGAAAUUCCUCAAACCACAUAUUUUGCCGAGACCGAUUAGAUUUUCACACAAUAUUUGUGUAAACAAUAUUGCUACUGCUACGGGUCAAUCAACAGACGAAACAGUGGUACAAGGAGAUGCGCAGGAGGAAUCACCACCAUUAUGGCCCUUGUCGCCAAUAGGAAUAUCGCCGCAGUCGCCAUCGCCUCCUUUCCCCGUGGCGCAAAGUAUACCAUCCCCGAGUCCUUCGGCAUCAACCUCGGUUCCCUCACCAUCCUGCUAUACGCAAGUUGCAAACAACAGGGGUAGAAAGCGAGGGUCAUCUGGGCCAACUUCUAGCGAGAUUGACCAGAAGAUGAUUGAAGCCAUCGAGGUUUUCAAACAUAAAAUAGAAUCUAUUCAACCUACCCAGCAGACUCAACAACAACAGAGUACAAAUCCAGCAGUAAAAUCAUUCACCUCAUUAAUGGCUUCUAUUUUAAACAAAAUGGACGAGGCAAAGCAAACGAGAGCUAUGGAAAAGGCAUUACAGGCUGUGUUUGAUGUGCAGAAUGAGUAA